UUUUUAAGGUGGGCUUGUAUUCUCGGACAAAUAUAUACAAAUUGCUACUUAUCUUCCGAGUACCGCCUUAUACGGGUUCGGAGAAAAUGUCCACGAGAAUCUGAAGCACGAUUUCUCAAAGUACACUACCUGGGGUAUGCUUGCAAGAGACGAACCUCCAAAUUCAAAGGGCCAUGACAGAAAAAAUCUUUAUGGUGUUCAUCCAUUUUACAUUUGCCUGGAGAGUGAUGGGAAUGCGCAUGGGAUGCUGGUCUGGAACAGUAAUGCUCAGGAAGUGACAACGGGACCAAACCCUCAUUUAGUCUAUCGCACAAUCGGUGGCUUGCUAGACAUGUACUUUUUCCCAGGACCAACACCGGAAGAUGUCAUCAAACAGUACUUGGCUUUUAUUGGACGGCCAAUGCUACCAGCCUAUUUUGCGCUUGGUUUUCAGCUCUCUCGUUACGGCUACAAAGAUCUGGAUGAAAUGAAGGAUGCAGUAGAACGAGUUCAAAAUUACAACAUUCCGUUGGACAUUCCGUAUGCUGAUAUUGAUUACAUGAAUCGUUAUAAAGAUUUUACUACCGGGGAAGACUGGUCAGACUUUGGCAAUUAUGCUAAAAAGCUCCACGAUGAAGGCCUUCAUCUUUUCCUCAUUUUUGACCCUGCUAUUCAGGUCAAUUAUUCACCAUACCAAAGGGCUGUUGAAAUGGGAGCAAAAUUUUUGGAGUGGGAGCGAUUCGACCAAGUACCAGGUGAUAUCAAUGGCCUUUAUGAGCUCACCAAGAAUACCAAAGUGCCUUUUGAUGGGAUUUGGAUCGAUAUGAACGAACCCUCAAGCUUUGGUACUAACCAGGAGCACCCCUGGUAUUUUGAUGAUAGCGACCAUCCUAAUACAAAACCGCUUUUUUGUUUUUUGACCGGUAAAGAUUCUGCAUACGACGUUCCUCCCUUCCAGACUCAAGCCGUUUAUCUUUUUGGCGAAAACUCAUACCUUUCGACCAACACUUUGUGCAUGUCAGCAUUGACCGCUGGAGGUGAGCAUCGCUUCUAUAACACCAAAAAUCUAUACGGUCUUUCUGAAACGAUUGCAACGCAGUCUGCUCUUUACGUGUCUACUGGUAAAAGGGGUGCUAUCAUUUCCAGGUCAGAAGAAUCUCAGCCAGGCUAUAAUAUUCUCAUAGUAAAAGUUGAAAGUUCGAAUUUUGCUGAGUCAACAUUUCCAUCGACUGGCCAUUAUGCUGGUCACUGGUUAGGAGAUAACACUGCUAGGUGGGAAGAUUUGCAAACUUCCGUAAUUGGAGCUCAGGAGUUCAACAUUUUUGGAAUACCUUAUGUUGGUUCUGACAUAUGUGGUUUCAUUGGUAAUACGACAGAAGAACUUUGUUUGCGUUGGCAGCAAAUGGGGGCCUUCCAUUCGUUUUCAAGGAACCAUAAUGCAAAAGGCGCUGCUGCACAGGAUCCCGGAAUGUGGGAAAGUGUCGCCGCUGCAUCUCGCACCGCUCUUCUGUUCAGAUACAAAUAUCUUCCGUAUUUGUACAGCUUGCAUUUCGAAGCUUCUCGACUUGGUGGCACUGUAAUCAGACCAUUAUUCUUUGAGUUUCCUAGAGACCCGGGGACGUUUGAUCUUGGACACCAGUUUAUGUGGGGUUCUGGAAUGAUGAUUAUUCCAGUCCUUGAAAAGGGUGUUUCGAUUGUGACCGGCUAUUUGCCAGAAGCUCAGUGGUAUUCAAUGCGAGAAGAAGAAUUUGGUGCUAUCUACAGGCCUGGUAAUAAUCGUUUUAGCGCAAAAACAACAGAACUGAUACCUGUUCUUGCAAGAGGUGGUGUUAUUAUUCCUCGUCAGCAGCCAAAUACAACAACAACGGCUUCUCGCAAGAAUCCGUUUGAGUUGCUUAUUGCAGUGGAUUACGAUUUGAAAACUGGCGCUCCGAAGAAGUCGACUGGGAAACUUUACUUUGAUGAUGGUGAAUCUAUUGUGAAUAACUUUGACAGUUACAAUUACUAUCUAUGGGAGUUUCUGUUUUCGGUUACUUCGACAGAAGCGACUUUAACAAUUACUCCAGCUAGGACAGGAAGUGACUUGUGGGUGCCGUAUUUGGAGACUGUUGAGUUGGUUGGUUACAAAUACACAAUGAGUGGAAGUUCCGUAAAAAUCAAUGGUAAGGACAUAGCAGUGACUGCUGUAAGUGGUGCGAAUAAUGUUUUAAAAUUCACUGCAUCCAAGAUGGUGAACUUGGGCACAGGUAAAGCGGUAACCGUUUCCUGGAGUCAUAUCGCCAAAUGA